CUUUCGAAACUAGAAAAGAAAUUAGCAGAUGGAACACAAAAUGCCCCCAAAGAAAAGACAAGCAACCGAUAAUGCAAAUAAUCAAUCAACAAUUGAUGAUACAAAUGCAGCUAAUGAGUUUGAAAUAGAGUUAUCCUGGUGUAUCAGACAAUUAGAGCUUGGAUUAUGCAACCAGAAACCAGAUUCCAGACAAGCUGCAGAAGCAAUAAAAGUUUUAAAAAUCCUGAGAAGUGACAAGGCACCUUUAAUAAAGAAAAGACAAGCCAUGAGAAAUACAUUUGGUGACUAUAGACAGAAAAUUAAAGAGGAAGAAAAAAAGAAUGCAACAAAAAUGAAGAAGCUAAAGGUCACACCAGUAUCAACAGACUCUAAUAAAUCAGUUUUCUACAAAAAGUCAUUGAAGAAAGCUAACGAAUCCUAUGUGACAAUGAUGGCUUCAAUAAAUGUGAAUGAUGAGAAAUCUCAGACAGAUAUAACCAGGCUAAUGUCAGACAAUACACAAGGAGAAUCGGGUGGUUUUAAAUUUGGCUUCCAACAACCUUCAUCAUGUGAAUCUGUCAAUACAACAGACAGUGCAAUAUGUAAUGGUGAUAAAGUAAACAGUGAUGUCACAUGUCUGUCACAUGACCCAUCAGAUAAAGAGCCUGACAAUUGUGCUGAAAAGGAAGACAGUAGUAACCAUAAUCCUGUGACUAAAUUUGUCAUGUCAAAGUCAGAUAACAGUUUUCAAUUUAACUUUGAUAUUCCACCAUAAAUAAAGUAUUAUAGACAA